GUGAGCAUAUACAUAAUGCACAGCGCAACAUAAAGGACAUCCACAAGUGAAAGUAAAAGUGCAAAGCAAGGAUUUAGAAUUCUGUCAUUCCUAAAUUGAAGGAAAAAAGUGUUGUGCAAGUAAAAAUUUUGUUUGAAAUGGAAAUCGAAAUAGAUUCCCAGAAGGCUAUUCUGGAUCUGUCGAAAAAAUGUCUGAAGAAAAUACCCAAAACAGACGAUGCCCAACAAUACAAGAUCCUGAUCCUGGAUGACAAUGAGCUGCAAAAGAUCGACAACAUAGAUUCGUAUCUGAAGAUUGAAAAGUUAUCGCUAUGUAAGAAUCAGCUGCUACGGAUGUACGGCGUUUGUCGGUUGCAUUGCUUGCGGGAACUAAACUUGUCCUACAAUGGUAUACUAACUAUUGAGGGCCUAAAGGAUUUAGUUCACCUAACGCACCUAAAUCUGGAAGGAAAUAACAUAAAAACAAUUGAACACCUUAACACCAACACCAAUCUAGAGUACCUUAACCUUUCGGAGAAUAGUAUUGCCACAAUAUCGGACAUUUCCUAUCUUAAGAAUUUGAAGGAACUCUUCAUGAACGGAAACCGAUUGGCCCAUCUGAGGCAAUGCGAUAAGUAUUUGCCUCUGUCGUUGGAAACUCUAACCUUGGCUAAAAACAAUAUAAGUGAUUUGAAUGAAAUCUGCACCCUCAGUCACUUGGCAAAUCUGAACGCCAUUACAGUUACAGAAAAUCCAUGUGUACAGAUGACAGGAAAUACUAUUGGCUUCGACUACAGACCGUUCGUUUUAAAUUGGUGUAUGAGUUUAAAGGCGAUUGAUGGCUUUGUGGUAACUGCUAUCGAAAGUUUAAAGGCAGAAUGGCUUUACAGUCAAGGUCGCGGUCGCCAGUUUCGCAUUGGAGAACAAACCGCAUUAGCUCGAUAUCUGAGCACUGUUUGCCCGCUUUCAGAUGAGGCACUAGAGAACGAGAACGAACGAAAAUUGCGACUGAUCCUGAGCAAAGCGCAACAGCAUCAACGUCAGCUUCAGGAACAGAACUCGAGUGGCGCCGAUGGAACAUCUACCCCCGUCAAUAAUUCCCCUUCUUCACUGAGACGAAAGGCCCAAACUAGUCGGAUACAGUCACCAAGAGUUACUAGACUGAGCGGCCGACAAAACUCUCCGGACACGAUGUCCAGUAGUUAUCAUGGUAACACUUCCAGUAACCUAAUGACUUCCAGUCAGAUUGAUACCUCAACUGGUAAUAAUCAAUUAUUCGAAAUGACUAAAUCACUCAUCGAUAACAUCACUUCGGACAACAUAAUGUCACAGAGCUUAGAUCCCAACAUGUUGAAUAACUCUACAAAUAACAAUAGCUUGAUGAAUGCAUCGAUGCAUGAGAGCAUCGUCCUUACGAAACAAGGUGGCGUAAAUGGAGCCAAUUUAUAUAACGACCAACCACCAGCUACCCAGAUCAUACUGGGUGGCCCACUGGCAGCGGCAUCUAAGAUGGUACCGGUACCGGAAUCUCUCAUGAGUCCAGAUUGUGGGCCGACGAAUUCCGCUGCCAGCAUCGUUCAGCGAAAUUUGGCUAAUUGUGCUAGCCAACCACAACCUCAAACUCCUCAGAUUCCGAAGGCAAUUAAAACCAAAGAUAAUACCCGGGCCGCCGGAAUCCCAUCUGGAAGUGGUGGCAAGAGUUCCAGUCCCCGUCCCACAAAGCGAAAUGCUUCAAACAAUAACAGCAACACUAACAGUGAGCGCUCAUCCCCGUCAAUGUCUCCCCGUAAAACAAUGAUCAAUGUAACGGCAGUGAACCAGUUCCAAUCUGGAGGUCGAAACAUAUCCGGUGGUUCUGCUUCCUUGAAGCAAACCCAGCAGCAGAGUCACUCGAUCCAAGGUACCCCUCCUGAUGGUGGUUCUAGUAAUGCUGUGAGUUCGGAUGAAGACAGCGAGGCUAUCAAUAUCGAUAAAUUAAAAACUAUCCGUAACAAAGCUGCCCAGCAGGGUCAGAUAAGGACUGUUGUCAAGGAUCGCAAAGACAGUGUCGAUAGCAAUAUCCCUGCCAGUCUCAACAAUAAAACCACCGAGAAUUCUGCCAUUUUGAUUCAGAAAAUUUGGCGUGGUUAUCAAACUCGAAAAAAGGGACAGAAUAUUGCGGAUAUAUUACAGAAGAAACGCACUCAGGAUUAUAUUUUAAAACUUACCAAAGACAUGGAGAUGACGAAAACAGCCCUUGAAAAUGAACGUAAAAUUCAACAACUUCAAAUGCAAGCCAUCAAUGCAUUGUGGAAAAAAGUAUCUACGAUGCAGCCAACAUCCUCAGCAAAUGGAACAACUGACUCUCUAAAGUUGGACGUGAUUAACAACGAAAAUAGUUCCGUAUUGGUGGUACAAGAUCUCACCAAAACCUGCUCCAUGCUGAUGAACCAGGUCCAACAAUUGCAAACUUCUGUUCGGGACAUUGUGAACUGUAUGCAGUUUUUUGCUAAUUUACCUCAAGGCACGGCUUCUGCAAAUGUCCCCACCGGUACGGCAGACACUUCUGCCGUCAGCUGCAAAGAUACGUGUGAAACGCAAACCGAAAUCGUGGCUGUUCACACGCCUCAAGUGGAGCAACUUCCGGCUUUUCCUUUUAAAAUCAUAGGUGGAGUUAAACUAGCACGACCCUCAACGUUACCGAUCAGUUCAUCCGAAACCUCACCUAAAAUUACCUCUCAGGAGGGGAAACCAAUAAUCGAAGAGGAAGAGCCAUUGACUUCCAAGGAAAAUAGUGUUCCCGGCGAAGAAGUACCAGCAGAAAUUGAGGCUGAUCCAGGUGAUACUGAAGAGAAUGAUGAUGGCGAACAGAAGGAGUUAGACGAAAAAGAACUGGAAGAGCGAGAAGUCAAAAAGACCAAUGAUAGCGCCAAGGAGUAACUUCUGGCGACCUUCAGAAAAAAUAUUUUACUAAUUGAGCCACCUGAACAACAGUGCUAGUGUUGGCAAUGAAAAGAUCAUUCCAGAUAGAAGAAUUGUGCAUUUCGUGCUCAUUGUGAUUUGCUUUAACAAAAGCUUUUAAUUUUUAAAGUAAGUUUCUUCGAUCAAAUUUCUAUUUCAUAAUUGUAUUUGACAAACCAAACUGUGGACAUUGAUUUUGUUGAAUAUUUGUAAGUUUAAAAUGUUACGGAAAACGCUGUACACUGAUAUUCAGUUUGCCUCGGUUAUCUCGCCACGUACUAUUAUCGUUUUGUUUUUAGAAGUAGAGUGAAUAUAGUUUUUAUCAUUCGUAUAAAUGCAUUAGAAGCUUUUAAUAGACGGUAAAGAUCAAAUGUAGAGAUGCUAUUGCUAUGUCUUACGAAGUACGGAAAAUACUCAAGAAUACUUUACGACAGUUUUUAUGACCAUUAAUAAACCUAAUUUGAUUUUAUAUGAUACAACGUUCGGAAAGAACAAAUGAGUUUCAGUAUUGAUUUAUUUAUUUUUUUUCAUGAAGAAACCAGGCAUGUAUGCCGCUUAUAGAAAAACGCAGUUAGAAAUAAAUUUUUCAUCGAUAAUACAGUCAGCAUUAAUGUUGAACUGAAACGCGUAACCCUGAAUCAAAAUUAGGAAGAAAGUAAAUAGAUAUAUGCUACAAUAGUAAUUACAGUUUCAACAUAAAUCAUAUUGGAAAUUUGUUGUCACAGCGUUUACAAAAAGAAAGGUAGUAGCGAACACCAUGCAUUUCAUAUAUCUGAAAUUUUCAUUUUUUUCAUAGCAUUGCAUCGGAUUAGCCAAUUAUCACAAUAGUAAAGAGCAAAAAGUUUCUAAUAGAUGUAUCAAAUAAAAUUUUAAUAGAUAAUAUACAUUUCUCAAUACUGAUGUUAUGAAAUCGCUUGGUACAUCUUUGUACCUGAAAAUGAUCACAUUUUCAUAUGUGAUGAAAGAAAUUAGAGAAACAUGAACUAUCAAAGAACGAAAGGACAUAAGCCGUAAAUAUCAUGAAAAUUCGAAAAAGAUACAACGGCUCACCGACAGGACUUGAACCUGCAAUCUCCGCUUCGGUACAACGGCGCGUUAGCCAAUUCCAGCACGGUGAACGUGAUGGAACCGGCGAACACGAGCAAUCGAGCUCUGCCGAUCAACUGCUGGACCUUUCUAUCGAAACACCAUGUAUAUCCCGCAUGUGAUCUUUCCCUCUAUUGAUCUCUCUUGUUUCUCUAACCCCACCCAUCGACUCGGGAUUUUAGCCGAGCGAGCACAUGGUCGAUUGCUUCGGGUUUGCCGCAACUUACGGUCAGAUGAAGAAGCAAUCAGUGCCGCUCAAGGUUCCGAGCAGACCAGUUACACAGGGAGGUGUUGCUCUGUUGAAAUCAAUACUGAUGUUAUGAAAUCGCUUGGUACAUCUUUGUACCUGAAAAUGAUCACAUUUUCAUAUGUGAUGAAAGAAAUUAGAGAAACAUGAACUAUCAAAGAACGAAAGGACAUAAGCCGUAAAUAUCAUGAAAAUUCGAAAAAGAUACAACGGCUCACCGACAGGACUUGAACCUGCAAUCUCCGCUUCGGUACAACGGCGCGUUAGCCAAUUCCAGCACGGUGAACGUGAUGGAACCGGCGAACACGAGCAAUCGAGCUCUGCCGAUCAACUGCUGGACCUUUCUAUCGAAACACCAUGUAUAUCCCGCAUGUGAUCUUUCCCUCUAUUGAUCUCUCUUGUUUCUCUAACCCCACCCAUCGACUCGGGAUUUUAGCCGAGCGAGCACAUGGUCGAUUGCUUCGGGUUUGCCGCAACUUACGGUCAGAUGAAGAAGCAAUCAGUGCCGCUAAAGGUUCCGAGCAGACCAGUUACACAGGGAGGUGUUGCUCUGUUGAAAUCAAUACUGAUGUUAUGAAAUCGCUUGGUACAUCUUUGUACCUGAAAAUGAUCACAUUUUCAUAUGUGAUGAAAGAAAUUAGAGAAACAUGAACUAUCAAAGAACGAAAGGACAUAAGCCGAAGUUCACCGUGCUGGAAUUGGCUAACGCGCCGUUGUACCGAAGCGGAGAUUGCAGGUUCAAGUCCUGUCGGUGAGCCGUUGUAUCUUUUUCGAAUUUUCAUGAUAUUUACGGCUUAUGUCCUUUCGUUCUUUGAUAGUUCAUGUUUCUCUAAUUUCUUUCAUCACAUAUGAAAAUGUGAUACAUUUCUCAAAAUUCAUUGACAGACAACACAGAUCUGUAGACAUGUUUAAUAGACACAAACAGUAACAACCAAGCUACGUGUAGAAUAUGCUUUCAGUGAAAAUAGGAAAAUAAUGAUUGCCAAAGAAAAAAAUGAAGUGCACUAAACAUCACUCGAAAUAUUUUUGUUUUCGCUUACAUCUACAAAUAAAGAGAAAGACAAUUGCUGAAGCAAAAUUUGAAAAAAAACGUAUUGAUGUUAAGAACGAAUACAAAGUCUACUUUUUGUCUACACUUAUGCUCGAAAUGGCUUUCGCUUGGUAUUUAAACCAUAAAUAAAAAUUUUCAAAAAUUAAAAGCCAAAAAUUAAGCAGAAGAAUUGCAUCUUUUUGAACAAUUUAUAAAUAUUAUCUAUAAAUAACGAAAUAUAACAAAGUUGAGCUGGGAUAAUGUUUGUACAUAAAUUUAAAUAAAAUUUAAGCAUCGCGUGAUUGGGUCUUCAUUUCAAUGAAUCUCUGUACAAGAAAGGCUUAAAUUGUAUGCCAUGAAAUUUUCAUAACUGUUGAGAAAGCCUCUUUGUUUCCGACUGUAAUAUAGUGGUACUUGAUAACGUUAAACAGAUUUCGUGUUUAUUGAUUGAAGUUUCGAAUAUUCUAGGCAAGGACAAAACUAAUCUUUUACUUACAGUUAUCUU